AUACGUGACACUUUGGAGAUAAAUUCUCGAAUCCGAAUGUCAUCAAAUCAAAAUCUAUCCCCAAUCCCCAUAGCAUUCUCUCACUCUGCUCCCAAUUUCAAAUCCCCGUUUCUGAACCCUAACCCUAGCUCAUGAAAUCGUCUCCACAAACUUCACCUUCGGUCCCAAUUGGUCUUCUCUGAUGAACCCUUCACCUCCCUAACCCUAGUAAAUCCCCUUUCUCUACAGCAAUUCUUCUUCCAUGGAGGGCUCUGCAGAGGAUUCCAGAGCAGCACCGGAGUCAUGGGAGGUCGCCGAUUUGGACAACCGCUUCAAAUUGAUGCUCUCAUCCGACAAUCACCACGCUGACGGUGCUACUCCUUCUGCUCCGCCUAGUGCCGGUGCCGGCGACAGCGUCUCCGAUGACAUCAUCAACCAGGUUGACCAAUUCCUCCGCGACGCGAUUCAGAACCCUCGCGAACGCCUUUCAAUUUUGCGAAUGGAGCAAGAUAUCGAGAAGUUCGUUCGUGAUCCGAAUCGACAGCAGCUGGAGUUUCAGCAGCUGCCGACGUCCUAUUUGCGGUUGGCUGCGCACCGGUUGGCUCAGCAUUACUCGUUGCAGUCUAUGGUUUUACUGGACAAUAGCUUACCGGAUGGUUCCGGGUCAAGAAUUAUUGUCCACAAGACUCCUGGAUGUAGUAAGCUUCCUUGUAUUCGACUCGCUGACAUUCCGGUGAAAUUGCCGUCGGAAGACAAUGAAGUCAGGAAGGUUGCUAUUAAACAGAGACCGAAGAAGCAGUCCCAAAGUUUUAGCAAUGCAAACUCAAACUCGGAAAAAAAUAGGAACUCGAAAAGUGUGGAAGAGAGAAAAGAGGAGUAUAAUAGGGCCCGUGCUAGGAUCUUUAGCUCGAGCAGUAGUAACGGCAGUACUGCGGGCGGGAAGCCUGAACAUGAAUCUAGGAAGCAGGAUAACACCUUAAUUGGUUCGUCGAGGGUUUCGGUUUCUAGGGUGGAAGGAAAAUCUGCUUCUGUGUCUGAUGUCAGUUCUGGUAAGGAGUCGGUCGAGUCUUCAACAGAUUACAGUAGGGCUAGAAGUAGGACAGAGAAAGAUUCGAUUGGUAGGUACAGGGAAAGUAGUAAGGUGGCUGUAUUUCGGGACCGUGAAGUUGAUCGCAAUGAUCCUGAUUAUGACAGGAACUAUGACAGGUAUAUGCAAAGAUUUGACCCCGGGUUUGGGUUCAAUGGUGGUUCAUACACCAUGCAGCCAAUGUAUACACCAGUAGUGAAUUACAACACUGAGUUCCCACAACUUGGAGUUGGAUCCAUUCACGGACCCCAGUUUUCUACUGAACACCAACCAGGACCUCUACCACAUCAUAUGCCUGGGUCAUGGGCUCCAUCAUCAUCACCUGCUGGAAUGGGAUACGGACAUCCAGAGACCAUUUUGUCACCAUUUAAUCCUAGUCAAGUUGCUUUACGCUCCCCGUCAACUUUGUAUUUGCAUUCAUCUCAAUAUUCUUCUCAGGGUCCUGGAAUGCCUUUUAUCCCUCAUGAACACCAACCCUUUUCACAGUCUCAUCAACCUCCGCCUGAUGCAAGUUAUGGAUUCGCCCGGCCCUGGUGAAGGGGUUGGGCCAUGCCUGCACCUGAUCAGCCAGUGACAUAUAGCUGAUGGGCUGCUGCAGCUCCAAAUUUCUUUUCGCUGAUUGGAGUGCAGGCAUACAGGCUGAGGUGGUCUGGAAUGGCUCAGAAAGACCAACAUUGAUCCAUUCCUCCAUUCUCAGUCUGGCAAAGGAUGCUUCUUGCAUCUUCCAUUACUGUGGCCCUUGUGGACAUUUGCAUUUUCUGUCAGGAGCUUCUAGAGCGAGCAUAUUGCUCCUGAAGAUUAACAAGGGUGUAUUGGGGAUUUACCCAGAGCUGAUUAAGUUUGUGGCUGACUUGGACGAAGCUCCCUUAAGAGCUUAAGGGCUCACUGCAAAAGAGUUUGGCGUGCUCAUAUUGCUGGAAUUCUUGAUGCUGAGAUUCAAGUGGAAUUUCUGAAGAUCUAAUCGCGUGUCGCAAUGCUACAGUAUGGUCUGAUGAAAUUACAUGUUGUACAUGACCUUUUGUGGACUGUGAUUGUAUAUUAAACUAUUUAACUUUCCCUUUUUUAGUUUGGAUUUCAUUGCUAUUUAUCUUUUAGCUUUUCGUGCAAACCAUGAGGUGCUCAUUGAGUUAUUUGCUUACAAUUUCCCCCUCCUGUUUUUAUGUAAAUCACUUAAUCGAAAUACGUAAUCUUAUUCUGCGUGGAUA